AUGUCCCAGAUUAGUAAAGAUAUUGAGGCGAUGAGCUCUGUACCAGAGGAAGUUUCUUUUACCUGUGCUGAAACCCCCAGUGAGACCCAGCUGACCCUUACCUCCACUGAACAGCAUCCCCCUGUCUUAUCCUCAGACACCGCUCACAGAAAUAAUGGCCUUCCUCCCCCUGACACCAUCACAAUCAACAGUGUGGGUACAGCCCCUUCACUUUCAGCAAAUGACAUGAAUCCACCAGAAAUUCAAAAGGUUGUGGUUGAACACAUUGUUAGGAGCGAAGCAAUCAAUCCUCAUUUUCAGCCCCAAUUAAGGCUCCGCUCCUUCUCUGGAAAGACUCCCAGGCCCAAUAAUGAGACUGAUUAUGACACCUGGCGCUCCCAUAUCGAACUGCUGCUAAAUGAUCCUAACAUACUUCCCCUUCAGAUCACCAGAAAGAUUGUAGAGAGCUUGCUUUCUCCCGCAGCUGAUGUAGUCAAAGGAUUACGGCCCAAUUCACCCCCUCUAGCUUUCCUGCAGCUACUUGAUUCGGCUUUUGGCGCUGUUGAGGAUGGGGAAGAACUUUUUGCACGUUUCUUAAACACGUUCCAGAAUCCAGGGGAGAGUGCUUCCGCUUACCUUCAUCGGCUGCAAGUAGCAUUAAACCUUGUAGUAAAAAGGGGUGGGGUUGCACCAGGAGAACUUGACAGACACCUUCUAAAGCAGUUCUGUAGAGGGUGUUGGGACAGUACUCUGCUCUCUACUCUGCAGCUUGAACAGGCGAGAAGUCGCCCACCUUCAUUUGCAGAGCUCCUGCUGAUGUUGCGCACAGAGGAAGACAGACAGCAAGCUAAAGCCAGUCGCAUGAGGAAACAUAUUGGUGCCACAAAACGAGUCCAAGUUCAGUCUCAGAGUGCAUGUGCAUGCGCAAUCCCGAAGGAGAACCCACAGGUCUGUCCCAGUGCCAUUGAAGACCUUGUGAAGCAGGUUGCCACCCUGCAGAGCCAGCUGACCUCUUUCAUGGCAGAGAAAAGGAAAGAUAGAAAAGUAACUGCACAGAGACUCCAGAGCCGAACACCAGACAAAACAAAUGCUAACAUGCAAACCCAGAUAAGAACAAAGCAGAUGAACAAACCCCGGCCCUGGUACUGCUUUAAGUGUGGAGAGGAUGGGCAUAUCUCCUCUACGUGUACCGAAGCUCCCAAUCCUGCUUUGGUGGCUGAAAAACGAAAACAGUUGGAAAAGAGAUUAAGUGAGUGGGAAAUGAAGGCUAACCCCGGCUCCCAGUUAAACGACUAA